UGGUACGUGGGAGACUGCCUGUGUGUGCAGAGUGGCAGACCCUGCCUGUAAACUCCAGAAAGGACAGAACUUGAUUUAAUAAACAUCUUACCAGAAAAUAAGCCACGUAACUAAAGGUGCAACAUUAGAGCUUAGUGGGGUGGGCUGACUGCCUCAGAGCAUUGGUAAUGAGCUGUAGAGCCUUCACCUGGAGGUGUCGUUUGACUCCUGAGCAGUUCAGCAAGUGUGAAAAGUGGAUGUUUAUUGUAUAGAUAAGAUGGGAGGCGGGUUACAGACACAGUUAUGCUUUGCACUAGUUUGCAGGCUCUUCAGGGCCAGGCCUGUCUCUUGCUAUGGUUGUACAGCUCCUUGCACAAUGGGGCCCUGAGCCUUGUUGGGUUCUUUAGUGACCGCUCUUUCAGCAGGGCCCAGAACUGCAUUACUCACUCUAAACCUGUCAGCACGGAUUGUGGCACACUGAGGGAGGGAGGAGGGGACGUUAAAUCAAGACAGACCAAAAAUCCUGACUUAGUCUUUUAAUAUAUCUUAUGAUUUUGGAGAUCUGACUUGCGAUUCUUUGGGUUGGCAGUCCUGGGGAGCAUAGCGAGGGUCUGUACAGGAGGAUGGAUGCAGAGGGAGACCAUGUUUCUGCCCUAGGCUUUGCUGAAACUUGUGAGGAUUUUGUUAUGCACCCCAGAUGCUGAGGCUGCACCUGCCGGACCCCCCUGUGGAUAGCGAGGAGGAGGAGGAGGAGGACGGAGCUGCAGCUCAGAGCAGCCGAAGUUCAAUCCCCAUGGAUCCAGCACACGUGGAGUUGGUGAAAAGGACGAUGGCUGGCGUGAAGCUCCCUACCCUGGGGAUCCCUGCAUGGGCCAGCGAGAUCUCGGAUGAUCAGUGGACGGCUAUGGUGCAGCGAACGCUGCAGGCCAGGCAGAGUCUCGGCACCUCUAGGCCGGAAUGGAAAUGAAGUGCAGAGCCAGGGUCAGGUCCCUAUCAAGAGAGCUGAGUACAAAGUGCUACCCUGUGCACUUUAACCUCGGGUUAUGUAUGGGAGGCAGACCACCACCAUCCUUCUCUGGACGGGUCAACGACCUCCCCCGGCGCUGAAGCGCUAAGAUGCUCAGUUUGUCUCCCACUGAGGAAAUCUGUUUCCUUGUCUCUUCCUGUCCCACUCCCGGCUGUUGGAUAGUUUGUCAGUUAUUGUGGUGUCCUCAUGCUAGCCCAGUAGUAGUUCUCUGCCCCCAAGGAACUGGACUGCCUUCGUAACCUCCCAGGGCAGAGCGUUAUUGUCUCUAGCCAGGUCUGUCUGUGAGGAACAACAGAUCUGCACUAGGUGCCCGUGGAUCACAGUGAGGGAAAGGGUAUUUCCCUCCUCACCCAUGCAUGUGCUGCCCCCAAGUGCUGUAGAGGGCAAACAGCUGUGCUAUACCAUCUCACACACAGGAGUCUAGGGUGUUGUCUUUUCAAGAGAUCCAUUUUAUUUAGUUCUGUACAUACAGGGACAUCUGUACAAAAUCCAACACUUUCAUACUAUAAUGCUCUACUGAAAAUAAAGUACACCAUAUGUA